AAGGUGCUAACUUCGAGAAAGUUGCUGUAGGUUGUGGUGUUAAAUCAUUCUUUCUCGUCAUGUUGUCGUUUUAUACGUUUCAUGAUUCGCAAGAAAAAAUGAGCAAAAAGGCCAGCAACAAUGCAGAUAACUUGAUGCAGGUGUGGGUGAUCAAGCGACACUUGGAAAAGUUCGCCAACCCAUUCCAGAGGCGCAGUCUCUCGCACUCGGGAUUGCUUCUCCGCACUCACAAAGGCGACGAGUUCGUGCUGGAGUACAUGGCGGACGGCAAGGCGCAUCUCUACAAGGCCGAGUACGGCUUAGAGAAAGAAAAGGUCAAAGGUGUUACAGAUUACAUACGCAUGCGCGAUGAAAUGGGCAUGGAGUGGCGCUGGGUGAUGUCAUGUGAGGGAGCCUUUGUGCCAAAUGACGUCAAAGUCACAGCAGAGCAGGCAAAACGAAAACUACAAGAGCUCAUGGGAAGAGAUUACGAAGAGGUGCGAGAAAAGCCCCACUGCGCCCAAGAGGCCAUCCGGAGAUUCCUCGGUCUAGAGAUCAAAAACGACUAUACGGCCGAGGGCUAUGACCAAUCCGAUGAGUCGGAUGAGGAAGACGGGUCAUAACUACUCGCGAAAGUGACUCGAUAAGGACUCGCUACAUUGUUGUAAUUCACGCACUUCUAGCCGAGAAGCUGUUUAGUUUUGUAAUUGUCGUAGAUUGUAAAAAUGAAGCUCGACAGAACGCAAAAAGUUAUAAAUUUGAUGAUAGUUCUCUUUGUAUCUUAUCAGCUAUUUUUGUACAAGUUUUGUUUCAAUCCUGACUCGCUCAAGAGUUGCGCUAUUAAUGGCAAAGAUUUUGUCGAGUGUGUAAGAAAUACCGUUUUCAGAUUUAAGAAAACUAACAUGACAUCAUACUACAAGAUCAUUGGAUGAUCAAUUUAGUUUGUUAUAGUAAAAUGUCAGUUAUUGCGAGUAAAAGUCUCUGGCUUUAAAUACGAUGUUUGGAUAAAUUAAAGAGCAUGUAUGUAAUGACGUUUUGCUGGCGUCUACGAGGUAGUAACCACCAAGGGCCCGAAAGCGAUUGGUUUCGGUUUCGUCGUGCCCUCCACGACAGGAGUUAAAGCAAUAAACAUAUAAUAUUGGCCUAA